GACAUAUUGCAUCCGCCUUUCACCACGCACCUACCAUUCAUUCUCCGCCUUCAAUCGAGCAACCGGCAACAUGGGCAUCAGAGACUUUUUCGACAGCCGCUUCUUUGAGCACAGCUGGAAAAACAAAGUCUUUAUCCUCCAAGUCGUCACAAUCACUAUCGCAUUCAUUCUCGGUAUCGCCAAAGUCGCGACAAAGCCAUCAAACAUCCCAAUGACCCGAUCAGACAUCAUGGCCAUCACAAUGAGUCUCAAAUCAUACGCCUUCCUUGCCUAUGAAUAUGUCACCCAAAAGGUGGACAAGCUCAAAAGAUUCGGAAGUCUCAAGGCCAAUGCGAUUCUGAACACCAUGGAUAUCGUCUUUUGGGCGGUGGUGAUGGGGUUGGCAUUUAACAUGGCUACUAAAGUGUGUGUCGGUGCGAAUUGCGCAAUUGGCAUCUUGGUUGGCCUGGUAGCGCUGGUCGUUGCAUUCGUCAACUUUUGGGCAGCGGUUAUUGCUUGGAAAGAUCACAAGUAUUUCAAGCACAAUGGUGUUCGACGUGGCCAUGGAUCUGAGAAAUAAAGCUCCUCCACGAUGGUCCCCCCUUACUACAACUAAACGUCCGCUCAGUGCUGUUGAGGGCAAGGGGGGCUUAUUCUAGGCGUUGAUCAGCGGGUGAUGUGCUGUGAUGAAAACAACAUUCCAAAGAGAAUGAGAAAUUUGAGGUGCACGAUAGACGAU